AUGACACAUAUGAACUGGAUUAAUGGUCUUGUUGGCGGUCUUUUAAUAUCAUCCUGUUGUGUCAUACAAUUAUUGCUGAAUCUAUUCGGAAUUGGUUGCGCAGGAUUGAACACAUUUCUAUUACCAUAUCGACCGAUAUUUAUUUCACUAACAAUUAUAUCUUUAACUUAUUCAUUCUAUCGUUAUCGUCCAUCGAAAAAACACUUUACAAUGAUUGUACUUGUAACAGUACUUCUAUCGUUAUCACCAGAACUUUUACGAAUGUACAAUAAUCAAUUCGCAAGAAAUGAUUUCAAUCAUACUGCAGGCGUCGUUAUUACGUAUUGGCAGAUCGUCGGAAUGCAUUGCGAAGGUUGCCGUUCAGCGGUUAUUCAAGCACUACGGAAACUUGAGGGUGUACUUAGUGUACAUGUUAAUCUGGAAACUGGACAAGCGAAGUUAAUCACAAAAAAUGUGAUAGACACGAGUUUGGUCGUGAAAACUGUUCAUGCAGCUGGUUUUCAAGCAAAGAAACUUGACUAG